AUGACAACAACUCUGGAUGAACUGCCAACAAUUGAUGAGGUAUUGGCUGUGCCGUCUAAACCUGUGGUGUCAUUCCAACUGGAGCAGAACUUUGAAGAUGAGUUGGAGGAUGUCGCUUCUAUCUCUGUGUUGGUUGAUUGGCCUGGCGAUACCAUCCUAUUCAUGACAGACUUCACUGAGGACCCCGAAGACAACAAUGACCCAACCGUAUACAUCCGCAUAGGCUUCACACUAUCUCAAGAGCUGGCGGAGGAGCACACUGCCCAGGCUCCAGCCAAGUCCUUCGAAGAGCUUGUCCCGGAGCAGUACCGACUGUGGAUUAAGGUGUUCGACAAGAAGGUCUCGGAGUGCCUACCAGAGCACGGCAGAUACGACCACGCUAUCGAUGUCAGCAACGGCUAG